AUGUAUCAUUUUGCUGUGAGUCUACUGACUCUCUCGGUUAUUGCCUCCGCCCAUGGCGAUCAUAGUCAGACUCCAUUAGCUGGUCCGCAUCAGAGAUUGUGGUACAACACGCUGCCUGGCGACGGUGGCACUCAGGCCGAUUCCGUCUUCUCCGGUAUCUCGACCUUUGGCCGAUUGCCUUAUUUUCCUUGCCUUUCUAGCGAGGAGGAGAGAUAUGACAUUGCGUUCAUCGGUGCUCCCUUUGACACUGGUACUUCGUAUAGGCCUGGGGCAAGAUUUGGGCCUAGUGGAAUCAGGCAAGGAUCUCGCCGUCUCAAUCUCUAUGGUGGCUACAAUGUGCCGUUGCAAGCAAACCCUUUCGUCAGCGACUUGAGGAUAUUGGACUGUGGAGAUAUUCCGGUUACAUCCUAUGACAAUGCUUGGGCCAUUCAGCAGAUUGAAGAAGGCCACAACAGUGUCUUGAUGCGCAAGCCCUUCACCAAUGCCGAUGAGUACGGGUUCUCCAAGGCUGGCAAGACCCUUCCACGCAUCAUCACUCUGGGAGGAGACCAUACCAUCACCCUACCCUUGCUGCGCAGUAUCAACAGGGCGUAUGGACCUGUUACCGUCAUUCACUUUGACAGUCACCUAGAUUCCUGGAAGCCAAAGGUCUUCGGCGGCUCACCUAGCCAGGUCGCCGCAAUUAACCACGGCACCUACUUCUAUCAUGCAGCGAUGGAGGGGCUGCUCAAGAACGAUACUAAUAUCCACGCCGGCAUUCGCACCACACUUUCCGGUCCUUCCGACUAUGAGAACGACGGAUACUGCGGGUUUGAGAUCGUUGAAGCCAGAGAGAUUGAUACUAUUGGAACGGAAGGAAUCAUCAAGAAAAUCAGGGACAGGGUCGGUACCGAGAACCUUGUUUACCUCUCCAUCGAUAUCGAUACUCUCGAUCCCGCUUAUGCGCCAGCGACAGGGACACCCGAGACAGGCGGCUGGACGACCCGUGAGCUCCGCACCAUAAUUCGUGGACUGGAUGGGCUGAACUUCAUCGGUGCGGAUAUCGUAGAGGUCGCUCCAGCGUAUGAUACAAAUGCUGAACUUUCCACCAUGGCUGCUUCCGACGUUCUUUACGAGGUUCUGACCAUCAUGGUCAAGAAGGGCCCGCUAUCUGCUAGUCGGUCCGACGAGUUGUAG